GUCAACCCGGAGCCGUGACCCUCGGUGCUCCCUCCAUAUUAAUGCUACUCCGGGGCUUACGCCGACAGAUGUACUGCGUUCGGCAGUCCCGCUGACAAACAUCCCCCGUUAAUAAACAAUAAAAUUACAAGAAUGCUCCAGCAUAGCACCGGAGUCUCGCGUAUGACCGCCCUUGUCGAGCCGCCUUCAUAGCACAUAAGGCGACUCCGUUGGGCCCCCGCCUGACCUCCGUCCGGGCACCAAGGGGAGCACUCUGAUGGGGGCCAGCUGCUGUCACCCUAAGAGUCCCUGCGGCAGCGUUGAGGAGCGAAGCGGGUUACUAAAUGAUGACACCAAACCUGCCGGGUCUGGUGGCCAGGUGAUUGCGGCGGUAGGGGGCACGUGUGGCCCUCAAGAUGACGACGAUGACAUAAAGAAGGCGAUGGACGACACCACAUUAACAGUUGUUGACAUGGAGGAUGUUCAGUUGCCUAUUCCGCCCAAACAUGCCAGUCCCCAGCAGAUUCUAUCUCGGUUAAACGGAUCCCCACAGAAAGAAAACUUUGAAGCGUCCGCGCUUUCACCCGAGAUUGCCACACUCGCAGAAAAUGACGUUGAGGAAGACGAGAUGACUUUAACGGAGAAGAAAGCACCGUCCGAGAUCCUGCAGGAAGUGAAGGGUCAAUGCGAAGGUGGCAACAAGCAUUCGGUUUUAGCGGGGAAGGGUGAAAAUCAAAAGGACUGCACGCAAAAAGUCGAAAUAUCUCCUUGCAAAGAUGUGGAAGUGCCAGACAUUUGCCACCAUGAUGGCGACAGCAGUGACAAAAUGGCAGAAAGCCACUCACUGGUGAAGGAGCUUCUUAAGAGCAAUAAAGAGGCGUUUUCACCCGACACUCAGGAGGCGUCCGAGAAUGCAACGUUUCAGGAAAACACAUUAGAGCCCAAAUGUUUUAGUUUAGUGAACAACGACUCUGAAGUCAAAGUUUCAGCGAUGCUUUCUCGCCUGAAAGAAAAAAGCCACAAAACUUGUGCCGAGCCCACAGAAGCGCCGCUCUGUGGUGACGAGCAACGCCCUGCACACUCCAGCGACGUGGAGAUGCUAACCACGACGUCCGAGCACACCAGCAGCCCGCAUGCAGCCAAGGAAAGCCAGCAGGAAAACAUCUACCAGCAUGCUGGAGAAGACCCACACGGAGGUCAACCCGAGGACAACGAAAUGGCAGAGGACGAGGACAAGAUGGGGGAAAACAAUCCCGAGGAGUUGGUGGAAGAGGCUCUGGAGAGUCGGCAAACGGCUGCAGAAGAAGUCAGUUUGAGCAGCAGCGAAGAUCUUUACAGAGGAGCUGAAGAGCCGCCAUCACCUGUUGAGUCCAAGAAAGAAGAGCCAUUCGAAAUGAAUGCCAGAUCAAGUUUAGGCCCGGUGGUUAACAUACUGUCGUAUAGCCAGAAAGAAUGGAGAGGAAACACGGCCAAAUGUCGGGUCAUUAGAAAGGGUUACUCGCUGAUGUCAGGGCACUUUUCUGGUCUACGUCCAGUGCGGGGGGACAACUACUGCGCCCUGAGGGCCACCUUGUACCAGGUGCUCUCGCAGACUUCUCAGGUGCCAGAUUGGCUUCAGAAUGAUGAAUCGGACAGCGAUGAAACAACGAAGGUCAUUUCUGAGCUGAUGGGCGAGUGGACAUUUCCCGGUGAUAAUCAAGCACAAAUUGGCGUCGUGGACCGGCUUCAUAGUUAUCUGGAGACCCUCCGAAACAAGUGGUCCGAGAUGGCGAGCUGCUCGUCGCAAGCCGAGCGCCAUCGGCUAAUCGACGACGCCUUCCAAGGCGGCGAGGAAGAGGUGGCCAUGCUAGAGGCGCUCAAGGUGCUGAUGCUUCGCAGCGCCGCUCAACUGCACACCAACAUGCAGGCCGGCCGUGAUGUCCCCCUCUUCUGCUGGUUGCUGUUUGCGCGCGACUCCUCUGACUGCCCGCGCACUUUUCUAGCCAAUCACUUGAGCCGCGUGGGCAUCAGCGCCGGGAUGGAGCAGGUGGAGAUGUGUCUGCUGGGAUACGCGCUACGCCACACCCUCCAGGUGUUCCGCCUGUACAAAGCCAACACCGAGGAGUUCUUGGCCUUCUACCCCGACGAGCACAUGGACGACUGGCCCCGUGUCACUUUAGUCACCGAAGACGACCGCCACUACAACGUGCCCGUCGGCCAGGUGCGAGCGAGCAGAGUGGCGCGGUCCAGCUGAGAAGUUGCCCUCCCAUGCAAACCCCAAAAACCUCAGGUCCGUCUCGGGUUUUUUUUAAUUUUUUUUUUUUUUUUAUUUAAACCUACACUGGAAUUGUCGCAAAUUUUGAACUCAUUAAUUUAUUUUAAUCUGGACUGCUGUGGGAAGAAUUCAGGGGCUUGCAUUUUUUUUUUUCCUUUCUCUCUCCGACCAUUGUGCAUAACAUGUUGCCUUUCGCCAAGCCAGACAGGAGGAGCACACGCGUGCCACCAGCCGCCAAAGGCCCGCUUGGUCCUUCCGUGUUGCCUUACGACCAAUACUAACCUAACAAAAUGCACAAGAGUGAAUGAAUGUGGCGUGUCUCCCCCAGUUGAACGUGGCCUCUUGCUCAUCAAAUAAAACGAAAGCACAAUAA